GUAUCAAGCUAUUGCUACAUUCAUGUGCUCUGGCAUCAAUUUGUCAUCCUACGUAGCUAUGACGUUUUUCAUGGCAAAAUCGCGCGGUGUGCUUCUGACAGACUAAUGUGGCUCACCAGAAAUUUGUCUCAGAUACAAACAAGGAAGGUAUAAACUAAUACAACAGAUCGCCUGGAAAAGCAACAACCUUGGUUCUUUAAAAUGAGUGACGAAGCAGAUUCCCCUCCUGAGAGGGAAAUGAAGGACUUUCAGUUUCGUCAGAUGAAGAAAACAAGAGUCUUUAACCCUGCUGAAGAUUUGCCCAAAGAAAGAACUAGUCUGCUUACCAUCUCAAACAAAUUUGGUUUAACUUUUGUAGGACUCCAUAAAACAUUCAAAGUUUACCUAACUCAAGACAUUCUGUCUGAUAAAUUUGACGGUAACACCAACGAAAUAGUUGAGGGGACAGCAGCAUUAGCGGAGGUUAAUGUGGAUCUGGCUCUGCACCACUUGGCUCUCAGUUGUGAUGAACUUACUUUAUCAGUAUGUGGCAUGACUGAGGAGGCGGGUUUGUCCAUCACAUUCUAUGAUGUCCGCACCUUCAUGAACAAGGCAAGACCACAGAAGCUACCUUUUGCAUCACUGCUGCCAGCAGUACACCCUGGCAGUUUAGUGCAAGACCUGAAGUGGAAUCCUGUACAGGCAUCCAUGUUGGCUGUCUGUUUGUCUGACGGCCGUAUGAUGAUUUUGGAUGUUACUGACAUUGUCAACAUUCAGGCCGAGCUACCUGCUUCAAGUGGCAUCACAUGUCUUUGCUGGAGUCCAAAAGGAAAACAAGUUGCUGCUGGAAAAAUGAAUUCCACAGUCAGUCAGUAUACACCAGCACUACAAGAAAAGAAAGUUAUCCCAUGUCCACACUUCUACACCUCUGAUGAACCUGUCAAAGUUCUGGAUGUGCUGUGGCUGAGAACCUUUGUGUUUGCAGUAGUAUAUGCUGCUGCAGAUGGCUCCCUUGAGACCCCUCCUGAGCUAGUGUUGAUCUCCCUUCCUAAGAAGGAUGAGAAGGUGGACAUAAAGUAUUUGAACUUUAGUGACUCGGUGUACGGAAGCUGUACUGAGCGACAACACCACUACUUUCUUAGCCAUGUAGAGGACUGGGAUCUUGUGUUUGCGGCAUCAGCAGCUUCCAUUGAAGUCAGCGUCAUAGCCGCCAGAGAGGACAAGAUCUGGGAGCUUUGGAUCCUGGAAGAUGCAAGUAGGGCUGAGCUUCCAGUGACUGACACAAAUGAAGAUACUCUGCCCCUUGGUUUAGCCAUAGACUACACCAGCCAGCAGGAGAUCUACAUCACUGAUGAGAAGACCUUGCCCCCAGCGCCCACAAUGCUGAUGCUCUCCACAGAGGGAUUACUCUGCCCAUUUGCUCUGCUCAACGUUAAUCCUGGGGUUAAGCAACUGGUCUCAGCUCCCACUGCCCUUCCCUUGGUUGGGGAAAGACAACCCAAGCCAGGUUCUUUGGCAGCCCAACCACCCAAAAUAGCUGCCUCCUUCCCAUCUGUCCCAGCAACAUUCACAAAUCUUGGUCUUACUUCAGCGGCUGCUUCUAUUCUUUCAGCCCCUGCUGCAGUUUCCUCCGCUGCCCCAUUCAGCAUGGUUCCCACAGCCCCUGUUUCGUCGGCAUCAUCAAGCUUCAGUUUCUCAGUGCCAACUACAUGCUCCACCUCUGCUCUAGCUUUCUCCCUGGAGGUAUCUACACCUUUUGGCUCAGGGUCCUCAGGCUUCUCCUUUACCUCCAAGCCUCCCUCUGACACUCCCUCAGCACCUUCAGCGUUUUCUUUCACCCCUUCCAUCAAACCAUCAGCAGUGGCAGCACCAGUUCCCGCUGCAACACCCCAGAGCAUUGCUACUGCCUCUCAACCAACCGUGAAACUUAAUCUAAAUCAGAGGUUUUCAGCACUGGAGACUCCAGCACCAUCAUCUUUCUCCUUUAAUUCCUUGCUGCCCAAAACAGUUGCCUCCAAUUCCAGUAGUUUGACCGUCCCUCCACUCUCAGCCACUAAGCUGCCAGCUGUGUUGACUCCAGUGCGUCCAGUUCAGACCAGCACACCACCCGCAGUUCUCCAGAAACCUGCUCCUGCUGCCCAGGCCCGUAUCCAAACUCCACAGGCAGCUGUUAGUGUGAAGGCCCUGGAGAAACAGCUACAGCAAAAGAAAGACUCUGAUCCCAUUAUGGCUGGUAUAUUAGAAGAGAUUGCACACUUCCAGAAGGAGUUAGAUGAUCUUAAAGCACGAAGCACAAGAGCUGACUUCAAGGUUGGCACAAAUGAGGAGAUGAAGGAGUUGAGGAAGGAGUCAGAGGACCUCCACAUUUUCACCUUGGAGAUCAAGGAAACAACAGAGUCUCUCCAUGGGGACAUUGGUGCACUGAAGACCACCUUACUUGAGGGCUUUGCUGGGGCAGAAGAAGCCAAGGCUCAGAGUGAGCUGAGCAGAGAUAGAAAUUACAGACAGCUGCUGUACAAAAAACCUCUGGACCCCCGCAGCGAGGAACAGCUCAAGGAGAUUCGCAGGCUUUACCAGUAUGUAAUGUUUGCUGUGGAAGAUGUAAAUGACGUACUGGAUGUGGAAUGGGAGAAACACCUUGAGAAGAAGAAGAAGCAGAAACACAUGGUUGUGCCAGGGCGUGAGGGACUAUUUACUACACUGGCCAACAACCUGUACAUUAUCAACCAGCAGAAGAACAGAUUGGACCAGUUUAUCAAGCAACUAACUUCACUGCGCCUCUACAACAAGAAUACCACUCCAACUAUAAACUGCAGCUCUGCUACAACAACAGCUGCUGGCUUGGAAAGCGAGCUUGAUAGUUUAAGGGAUGCACUCCUGAAAGCCAGACUGGACCCCUCCCCUCCUAAGACCAAACCCAAAUCUCCAGUCAAGAUAUCGCCAGUGAAACAGUCCCAGCUGCGUAACUUUCUCUCAAAGGGGCAGAUGCCUCCUGUCCGCUCAACUGCACCAGCCAACCUGUCUCGCUCUGCCUUCCUUUCACCUAAAUACUACGAGGACUUGGAUGACGUAAGCUCUACGUCCUCCCUGUCCCUGGAGCCUCACCCAGCUGACUUGGAGGAGGAGGAACUGCAGCCAGAACCCCUUCCCCUUACUGUCAUUCCUCCAGCAUUGUCCACCCCCCGCCACCCCACAGUCGUGAGAACCCCCUCUGUCCUGCCAGGCUUUGGGGCUAUCCAGUCCACCCCUUUAACAAAAAUGAACUCAGUACAGGGCAUGGGGUUUGGACUCAGCCCCAUUGCCAGCCCUGUUCCAACCAAUAUGAUCAACCUCAGCGGGGCUGAAAGCACUGCUCUUGCCACAAAGACAGUAAAACAUGGAGCCCCACCAACUGAGAGGAACAUCCCUGUCACCAUCCCGGCCCAACAAGCUGCAGCCAAUGCCGCUGUACGUAGGCAGAUGGCCAAUCAGAAGACCGCUGUUGUCAGUACUUCCUUGACAGAGUCCACUUUGAAGACUGUUCCUCAGGUGGUCAAUGUCCAGGAGCUCAAGGACAAAGGGCCUCCAAUGCCGGUUUCCAAUAUCAGCUCAUCGGUACCAGAUCCAGCAGCUCCGGUCUUUGCAACAGUUUUUUCCAACCAGGCCAAACGAAACCCUAGCCAAGGUAUGCAGAAGAUGUCUGCUGAAAGUACAACAACUACACCGACAAGCUUUGUGUUUGGUCAAUCUUCCAAACCAGAUGUUUCCGUGGCUCCAGCUAGCUCAGCAGAGCAAAACACCAGCAAAGGUUUCUCCUUUGCAUCAGGGUCUGCUGGCUUCAGUUUUGCUUCUGUUACACAGGGAGCUGGAAUCUCACAAGUGAAGGAUGUGAAUAAAUUUUCCUUUGGUGGAAAUGGCAAGAUGAUGUUUGGCCAGACUGUAGAGGAGCCAUUCUCCCUCACCCCAAAGUCCACCUCCCCUGCUCUUGUCACUGGGUCACCCACCCUGCCUCCAUACCCUUCAGAUGACAAACCUGCCUCUGCCACAACUGCCUCCAGGAUAGAGCCUCCACCCCUUAAGACAAUUGGAGGAGAAACUCUGGGCUGUUUCUCUGGACUACGUGUGGGCCACGGAGAAGAAGCAAAAGAUUCAUCCACAAAACCAGCUGCUGGCUCAUUUAGCUCUGGAGAAAUUGGACUUGGUAUGGGCAAGGGAGCACAGUUUAGCUUUGUUGCAAGUCCCCAAAAGUCUGCAGAUGAUUCUACAGGAGCAGACUUGUCCAAGGGGGCAGUGUCAGGCAGUUUGUUCAAACCUCCUGAACCAAACCCCAAGCCGGCCUUCUCUGUUACCCAGUCUAGUUCAACUGCCUCGGCUUCACCUACGUCUUUUGGUAGUCUUCUUGCAGCUUCUUUAGAUGCCUCAGAGGAGCCAAAGGUUUCCCCAAAGCCUUCGGAACCCACACCACCCCCUGAUAAAGAACCUAGUACUGGACAAGUUGUAGAAAGCACCCUUGUAGUGGCUGAGCCCACAGUGGAUGCAGCCGUCACAGAAACAACAGCAGCCACAGUUACAGCACCAACACCCCCUCUUCCUUUGGCCACAACGGCCCCUACCCCAGUCCCUCCCUCCUCCAUCACCAAACCAACUGAAGCACUCCCUCCAAAUACAGCCAGUGCAGCUGCCACAGUAGAUGCCACCCCAGACAGCACCACCACCACUGCUCCUCUGCCUGCUUACACUGCUGCUGUAGCUCCUGUCUCCCAGUUAGCUCCACCAGCGUUCCAGGUGCCCAUUUCUGAAAAACCAGGUUCCAUUUUUACUCAACCCGUCCCUACAAUAACAGACAGCAGUUCCCUUGGACUUACACCCGUUAUCAGCACAGUUGCUGCUGCACCCACCUCUACUAACCCUGUUGUUGUUAACAGUACUACAACUGAUGCUAUUACUGUGUUUGGGCAACCUGCUGCACCUCCUGCACCUCCUGCUUCCACUGCUCCUACAGCCCCAGCAUCCACAGGAUUUGGCUCAACAGCGUUUGGUACAUCAACUGGAACUGUUUUUGGCAAAUCUGUGUUUGGCCAAGUGAGUGGCUUUGGCCAGCCUGCCAGCAACACUAAAACACCUGGGGGCUUUUCGUUUGGCCAAUCAGCAUUUGGAGCAAGUUCUAACAGUGCGACUACUGGAGGAGGACUUUUUGGUGCUGCUACUGCUACCAAUGCCAGUUCCUUCUCUUUUGGCACAAGCAGUGCCAACACAGCCAGCAGCACUGGCUCAGGGCUGUUUGGACAAACUACAACACCAGCAUUUGGCCAGAGCUCUGGAUUUGGCCAAGCGCCUGUGUUUGGGAGUAACACCACCACAUCCUCAUCUACAGGGUUCAGCUUUGCACAACCCUCAGCUUUUGGCUGCUCUUCUGCCACCCCUGUGUUUGGCCAACAAGCUAGCAGCGGGAGUGUAUUUGGACAGCAGCAGCCAUCAUCUGGUGGGACUCUGUUUGGCUCAAAUUCAGCCAAUACAGCCGGCUCAGCUGCUGGUGGAGGGUUCUUCUCUGGCCUUGGAGGCAAACCAAGCGAAGAUGCUGCCAACAAGAACCCAUUUGGCACCAGUGUCUCCACUGGAGGGUUUGGGCAGCCUGCUCAGACAGGUGCCAACACUCUGUUUGGGAAUAGCGGAGCCAAGACCUUUGGUUUUGGACAGUCGUCCUUUGGUGAGCAGAAACCUAGUGGGACUUUCAGCACUGGUGCGGGGAGUGUUGCAUCCCAGGGAUUUGGUUCCUUCUCUUCUCCAGCAAAAUCAGGUGGUUUUGGCAGUGCUCCAGUGUUUGGGAGCCCCCCUUCCUUUGGUAGUACCCAGGCAUUUGGUUCUGCAGCAGCAUUUGGCUCAAGCCCUUCCUUCCCCAACAACAUGGUUCCCUCGGCUGGUAAAGUCUUUGGCGAGGGAACAGCAGCUGCCAACAUGGGAGGAUUUGGAUUUGCUUCACCUCCCAGCGGCCCAUCCUUUGGUGCUCUAGCCAAUCAGAGUGCGCCAUCAUUUGGGGGCCUGGCCCAGCAGGGCUCUGGGUUUGGAAGUCAGCCCAGCAGCUUCUCGGGCUUUGGACAACAGCCACAAGCAGGAGGUUUCUCUGGAAACACCUUUGGCUCUGCAAACCAAUCAAGUCCACAAACAUUUGCCAGUUGGAGAAGCUAGUUUUAUUAAACCUCCACGUCACUGCUACAGUACUUUCUGCAAUCAAGCUCUUUGUGCCACAUAAUGGAUGAAGGGAAGAUUAUGUUGCAUUGGUUAAAUACAGUAGAUUAGAAAAUGGAUAUACAGGCAUUUUCUUUUCUAGAAAACUUUAUACGUUUUCAAGCCGCAUGCUUGCAAUUCAUUCUCUAUGUAUAGAUUAAUUUGGAAAGGUUUAUGCCUGAGCUUAGUAUUUUCUUAGACACAGAAGAGAGAAGUAUUGACAUCCAUGCAAGCAGAAGACGUGUUAGUGAGGGGGGAGGGGGGGAGAACUCUUCCUACAAGAUUUUUGAAAAUCAGAAAAUUCUAAAUCUUUUUGGUCCGUGACCUUCUUCAGAAAAUGUCGUACAUUGAUGCAGUUUACUUGUCAUUCUUUGUUGUUCUAACAUUCAAACUCCAGAGUGAGUUUGGCUUUUAGGUUCAUUCUGUGUCCAGCAUUUUAAAGUUUUUAUUUUUUUUCAGCACUUUUAAAACAUAGACAUGCAAAAAACCCUUCAGGCUUUCAACAGUUCACGCAUUCAAUUAUGUUAAAUUGUGUUCUCAACAUGGCUAUACCAAGAAAAUUCAGUCCAGUUGUAGAUGCCAGCACCCUCGUAAAUAAUUGUCAAAAAUGUAAACCCAUGUAAAAUUUACCAAAAUUAAAACCAGCAUUUUGAACCAUAAUAAAAAGAUUUUUGGUCUGAGGUGAAAA